UCGACGCUCUUUCAGCUCGACAUUCGCUUCGCUUCUCGUACACAUUGCAACCUCAAAACCGCUAGUUCGGUCUUCGUCUCGACUCUCCCCCCCCCCCCAGCAUCACACACAAUCCGAUUAGGAGAAGGAAGAUCAACACGUCCAACAUGUCUAAAGCCAUCAUCCUCUCUGCCCUUUUGGCUUUUGCCGAGGCCCGUUUCGGCCAGGAGGGUCUGAUUCAGAAUGCCAUCUCCUCCCUGGGCAAUUUUGGUAACCCCGGUGAGGCCGCUACCCUGGCUGGUGGCAGCCCCGGCGUUCUUCUCGGCGGUGCCAAUGCCUGCGCCAAGCUUGAACUCGCCGACAAGAUUGUCGCCACGCUCGGUAACGACCCCGCGGUUAUCGCCGCCGCUGCCCAGCUUGUCGCUGCCGAGAAGAACUUCAACCCCUUCGCUGCGGCGACCCCCGUUAUCUGCAGCGACGCGAGCCUCCCUGUCACCGUGGAGCUCCGAGGCAUUGUCCCCCUCGUCGACCCCGAUGUCCUCGGCUCUGAUAUUGAAAAUGCCAACUCGGCCACGUCGCUGAAGACGCCCUUCAACGCCGCAGGCCUCAGCGUCGCCGAUGUGAUGGCUGCCAACGGCUUCUCCAACUUCACUACCCAGGGAUCUGAUGGUGCUGCCGGUGCUGCUCCCGCUGCCGCCGCCGGCGGUGCUGCUGCCGCUGCUCCUGCCGCUGCUGCUCCUGCCGCUGUUGUCGACUGUGGUGCCGGCGCAGCAGCUGCUGCUCCCGCCGCUGCUGCUCCCGCCGCCGCCGCUCCCGCCGCCGCCGCUGGCGCCGCUGGUGCCGUGGUCAAUGGAGUUCAGCAGUCGACGAUUGCCGGCCUCGACUUCGGCCUCUGCGUCCCCACUGUCAAGUUCGAGCCUGGUCUCAACGGCCGCAAGGACACCGAGUUCACCUUCCAGGCCAUCGACCCCAUCGUCAACAAGGGCCAGCAGGAGGCGCUGAACCCGGCCAUCAUCUUCAACCGCAUCUGCGACCAGCUGGGCAAUGUCUGCGAGGCUAGCGAUGCCGCCAAGGCGGCUUGUGAGCAGGCCAAGGCCGACCUGAGCGGUGGCGACCGCAACGCCGCUCUUGCCGAUGCCUGGAACACCCAGCUCGGCUUCGCUGGCACCGAUAUCAACCCCGACAACGCUCCCCAGGCUGGCCUCAUCGGCCACUCUUAAUCAACGAGCGGAGUGUAGUACGUAUCACGGUGGGGUUGUCGGAGUUUCUGUGAGCUAAGGGACGGGUUUUGAUCUUCUUAUUCUUGGACGAACAACAUGUAUUAUUCAGCUGCGGCGCAGAACUUGAACGUAGGUUCCAUGCC